AUGGUCACAAGAGCUAAAUACAACAUCCAUUGCCCUCUGGUGCGUUCCGAUGGCACAGUACCAUGGCCUCAAGCCAAACCCAGUUUUUCUCUCACUUCCUCAGUGUCUUCCACUUCUACCUCUCCUUCCAUCGUACCCGAAGAACCCAAUUCGUUCACUGAAGCCUCCAAAUAUCCCGAAUGGAGGAAAGCCAUGCGGCUUGAGUUUCAAGCCUUAAUGACCAACCGUACUUGGGUGCUCGUUCCUCCUUCCCCUCACUAUAAUAUCUUGGCCUCCAAAUGGAUUCUGAAAUCCAAACGCAGAGCUGAUGGCUCCCUGGAACGCCGCAAGGCUAGACUUGUGGCCAAGGGAUUUCACCAACAACCUGGUUUGGAUUACUCAGAUACCUUCAGUCCUAUCGUGAAACCUGUCACCAUCCGUCUACUUCUCUCCCUUGCCGUAACUUCCAACUGGCCACUCCAUUAA